CGGAAUUUUAAGUGAAUUGUUCUGUGAAGUGAAGUAAGGAAGUGAAAAUUUCCCACUUUUUAUUAUCUUUUAGCGACGAUAGAUGUGACUCCCGAUCAUCAUGGAUAUUAUUUUGAAGACGGUUUUAAGUGCACGCGAACUCAGCAUCGACGGAUUUGAACUUCUGCGUAACCGAACGAACGUCGACGAAGUCCUUUUAACAAAUUUCACGGAAAAUUGGAUUUUUUACGCGUUUUUCGUGCUACUUGGUUUAAUUUUAUUCGUAAUUUUUUACUAUCCACUUUCGAUCACGAAAGAUUUGACCGACGUUGGAUUUCAUCAGGAAACAGAAAAAACUCGUUCGAAAAAUUUCCAAAAAACUCUCGUUGCUCGGGCUCGUCGUUUGCGCUCAAUUGGCGAUCGAAUUCCUUCGCCUUUCCCGAAUGGCUGGUUUUGUCUCAUGGAAUCGUCGCAACUGAAAAAAGGACAAGCGACGAGCGUAAAUUCUCUGGGCAAGAAUUUUGCCGUUUUUCGAUCGGAAGAAGGACUUGUGCACGUAAUUGACGCUUAUUGCCCGCAUAUGGGAGCGAAUUUGGGCGUUGGAGGUACCGUUCGUGGCGAUUGCAUUGAGUGUCCGUUUCAUCGAUGGGCGAUUCGAGGCACGGAUGGUGAAUGUGUGAAUAUUCCUUACAGCAAAAGUCCCGUGCCGAAGCUGCCAAAGACAAAAACUUACAUUUCCAAGGAGACGAACGGAUGGAUUUUUGUGUGGAAUCAUGCGGAAAAUGCAGAGCCAUGGGAAAUUCCGGUGAUUGAUGAGAUUGAAAGUGGUAAAUGGAAGUUUCAGGGACGAAAUGAGUAUUAUGUGAGUUGUCAUAUUCAAGAAAUUCCCGAAAAUGGGGCGGAUGUCAGUCAUUUGAAUGCCGUUCAUGGACCUUCGAUUGUGUCUGGAGUGGAUUUGAGGACAACUCGUUCAAUUUGGUCCUCAUUCGUUCAACAUAUUUGGCAUGCAGCAUGGCAACCCUCGGAAAAACACUCCCAUAUCGCUGAUGUCGCUCUUAAACACUCGAUUCGCCUCUUCAACAAGACCGAAGUGUGCGAAUUGAACAUCACAACGAAACAAAUUGGCCCGGGAUACGUUCAACUUUUGUUCUCCACAAACUACGGAAGACUCGUGUGUCUUCAAACCGUGACGCCAGUCGAGCCAUUGGUGCAAAAAGUCGUUCAUCGCUUUUAUUCGCCGUGGUAUUUGGCUCCAUUUGCGAAAUUUAUCUUGCUUGGCGAAUGUAUUCAGUUUGAACGUGACAUUAUGGUUUGGAACAGCAAGAAAUUCGUCGAUAAUCCGAUUCUGAUAAAGGAAGAUCGUCAAGUGAAGGCUUAUCGAACGUGGUUUAGCCAAUUUUACUCAGAAAAUAGUAUUCCAUUUAAAGUAGCCAAAAAUAAUAAUUUAGAUUGGUAAUUUUUUGUUUUUAGAAAUUUUUAAUGAGAUUUUUAACCAGUGUUUUUAAAUGAAUUGGAAAAUAUUGAAAAAAAUGAACUUUUUAAAGAAAAAUUUUAAUUUUAAACCAGAUUUAUUUAAAAAAUUUAAUUAAAAAUUUUUAAGAUGUGAAAAAUUUAGUAUUUUUUUUAAAU